AUGCGUUUGAAACGUUGCCCAUUAUUUAGAAAAAGAGUUGGACGAAUUAGGUCUAUAUCAAGGAAACCGGUUACCAGUCUCGUCUCACUCGAACUUCACGACAGUUGGUUGUUGAUCACGCUUGCCGGAGCUAGAAUGCUGGAAACAGAGGAGAGAGGAUACUUUCAUUGGGCAGAUUGGCUGGUGUUCGCGCUGAUGCUCGGCGUAUCUGCUGCCGCAGGAUUAUGGCAUUACAAGGGAACACAGAAGUCGAGCACGGAAGAUUAUCUCUUAGGAGGAAAGAGUAUGAACCUCCUUCCCGUGUCCGCUUCCCUCGUAGCCAGCUUCAUAUCUGGCGUGACAAUUCUUGGAACACCCGCAGAGAUAUACAAUUUUGGAACUCAAUAUUGGAUUACCAUUAUUUCGAUAUUCUUUUCGGGCCUGGUCGUGGCUCUUGUUUAUGCUCCGGUCUUCGUUUCACUGGGAUUGAAUUCCGUUUACGAGGGUGGUAUCAGGGCAGUAGUUUGGACGGACGCGCUUCAGGUCGGAGUCAUGGUUGCUGCUAUGCUGACUGUUAGUAUACUGGGCACUUAUCAUAUUGGCACCGCUGAAAUAUGGAAGGUGUCGUCGGACACCAACAGAAUCGAAUUCUUGAACUUCGAUCCAUCUCCUUAUACAAGACACACAGUAUGGACUGUGUUGAUUGGCUCGUGGCUUUAUAGCACCGCUUACAUUGCCGUGAAUCAGACUAUGGUACAACGGUAUAGAUUAUUGAAAGAUCUGAAAACGUCCAAACUGUCAUUAGCGAUAUUUACUAUUAGUAUUAUGUUAUUUAUUUCAUUGUGCUGUUGGUGCGGCCUCGUUCUCAUAGCUUGGUGGUCUCCACCUAAGUGCGACCCCAGAGCUAUUGGUUUGAUCACUGCUGAUGAUCAAUUACUACCUGCUUUCGUAAUGGAAAUUGCAAAUCAUUUACCUGGAAUACCAGGUCUUUUUAUUUCUGGAAUUUUUGGAGCAGCUCUUAGCACCCUCUCUGUAGGCUUUAAUUCAACGGCCGUAGUAAUUCUGGAAGAUUUCGUGAAGGGUUGCUGCGGUAUGAAACCAACCGACCGAUGCUCCAACAUUUUUGUAAAGUGUGUGAUUGUCUUACUUGGUUCUCUAGCUCUGGGUUUACUCUUUUUGGUUGAGAAAUUAGGAGGAGUUCUAGCUGGCGCGUUUAUGGGUGCUAUCGUAGGAUUCGUUAUUGCUGGCUGGGCGAGUUUAGGUGCAAAUUGGUCUAUCGGUGCCGGGUUGCUAGUUCCUAAGAAACUUCCAGUGCCCCUUUCUCAUUGCACGGGCAAUAUCUCUGAAAGUUUCCUGAAGCAGUUUGAUCAUCCGAAAUUGUUGCGGAAACGCGAGAAUAUUGUCCCUACUGAAAGUAGCGCUGGCACUAGCGAUUUAGCGACAACAGCAAGUCUCUUGUUGUACGAUUUAAAAAAGAAAAGGAGAAAUCAAAAUUUUUCUAAUGGCGUCAUAACAUAGUUCAAACGUCAGGUCCCAAUCGUUUAUAAUAAACGUUAACAAACUGAAACUAAACUACUGUAGUGCCGUUUGGCAAUAUCGCUCCAGAUAGUAUCGGAAGACAAAAUUUCCAGACCAAACAAACGUGAAGUUUGACUCUCUUUCAAUAUUCAUUUAAGUUUAAACAUCAUUGUAGACAAUAAUGUUCGCAUUGUUACAAGUCGUAGAUCGACUCAAUUGCACAGAGAGAAGUUUAUAUUAAGAUACAAUUACUAGAGACAUUUAUGAAUUGUAUUUUACAACUCUUAGAAUUUAUAUAUUUGGAAUAAAUUUUUCUAUUCAAUUUUGUGAACCGUUUA